UUCUACGUCACACAUCUCCUCGCAACGCUGCCUGAUUGUUCCUCUAUCACCGCGUUUAAAGAACACUCUCACGCACACACACACGCACAUUUCCCACCGCCCAGAGCCAAUGAAGAGGAAAACCUGCGAGUGAAGGUGCUCUCUAUGUGCUACCGGCCUGCCCUGACUUUCCACCAGCGCCUGCUCUUUUUGCCGCUGGACACACACUCAUCCAGAGGCUGCGCAGCCCGCUGCUCCGGCCCCCUUCACGCUCACCCCCUGCGCUAUGAGCAGAGGUAGAGGAGGGCCUUCCAAAGAACACUACCACCGGUAUCCACUACCCCACUUCCAGGCCAGGGAGAAUUACAACAGGCCUGGCCCGCCUUCCUUCUUCCCCAGAGCUGACCCGCAACUGAGCCCGUAUUCAAGUUACUACAACAGCCCUCCCCCUCCUGUAGGUUCCACACACCCCCCAGCUCCCUCUUUCAUUCCCUCUGCCCCACCCGAACCAAGCCACUAUAAAGGACCCCCGAAACCCGUGACCCCUAACAAUUCAUAUUAUCAGAACCACUUUCCCUGUCCUGUUCCAAAUUCAUUUAAGUACCAACAGUCGGAGUUCCUGAGAGGUCAAAGCUCCGAGGCUCCACAGUUCAGAACCAAUCUGCGAGGAGGGGGGGUUGUACCAGGCAGGCCGCCCAGUUGCUCAUAUCAGCCCCAGUCAGGAUACAGUAGAUUUCAAAACCCCAACAACAGCCCUAGGGGUAGAGGUGGGUAUAGCCAAGAGCACAGCUUUGAAUACUCACCCAGUUUUGGACCCCAGCAAGGCCCUCGACACCUGAAUCAAAGCCAGUUUCAAGGAAAAAAACAAAACCAGCACUCCAACAGACAAUGGUGCGAACAAACAGACUCUCUCUGUGACAAUUUUGAUAGUUUGUCUCUCCAUCAAGACUGGACCAACAGAAGAGAUAGCUUCGAUAGACAUUCUGAAUCCAGCAGCUCAGCAGCUUCAAGCUCCGGUAAGAUUAACAUCACUCUCACACCUGCCAUCCAGGACCAGGUACACAAGGCUUUGGCUGCUUUGGAUCCAGCUGACAGCGUCCCUGCAAAAGUGUUAGCCAGAAAGCUGCGUCUGCCCAAAAAGAUAGUAAACAGGGCCCUGUACGCGUUGGAACGCUUACAGAUAGCCUCUAAGCAAGGUCUUCUCCCUCCUGGGUGGAGUCUUUACAGAGAACCUCUCAAUUGCACAGAAGACCAAAACUCUGAAGUAUAUACUCCUCUAUCCAAUCAGUGUGUCCAACCUGACGUCAAGGUUGAGCUAAAAACAGGGAACAGGGGACAGACCAAGGGAGAGGACUCUGACACAGAAUCCAGUUCUACGCUCUGCUCUUCCUCAGAGUCAUCAGACUUUGAAGGAUCCAGGUCAUCAGUAAAAGGUCAGCUCAAAGAGAAACCACAUUGCCGCAGCACCGACUCCCCUGAUCAGGAACUGCAGCUUCCCACAAUGCCAGACCAGAAGGACCUAGUACUGCGCUACCUGCUGAAGUCAGGGGAGGCCACCGCUCUCGUCAUAAGCAAAAAUCUGGGUUUAAAGAAUGCCGUGCAGGUCAAUCCCACACUUUAUUCUCUGGAGAAGCAGGGCGAAGUCGUUAGGAAUGGUGAAGUCAAACCUCCCACCUGGGAGCUCUCCACCCGCCGCAGGGAGAGAAUGGAGAGGAGCAUCAAAGCUGCAAAGAGCAGCCCAGCUAAGGGGGUUCCGAUGGAGGAGGGCUCAGGAUCCAUCUUCCAUCCAUCACCAACACCACCAAUACCAAGCCUCGAACAACAUUCCCUUCCAGAGGAUUGGAAGUCAGAGAAGUCCGACCCCUCCCUCCGGACCCCCUCGUUUAGCCCCUGUAAAGCCAAAGAGGCCAACGAAGGACAGUGGGCCAACGACGAUAUCCCAGAAUUCCUCAAUGCCAUUCGCAGGGAAACAGAUGCCGGAAAAAUGGCGGCAGACAAAUCCAAUAUUGUGGGAACUAUUGCCGUCUCGCUGGCUGCCCCUCCUCCGCAGAACCUAUGGGCCAAGCUACAGGAAGUGAGGCUGAAGAACCCAGUCAGCGGCCUCAUGGAGUAUGCCCAGUAUCUGGGCCAGAACUGUGAGUUCCUGCUCCUUGACCAGUCGGGACCCUCCCACGACCCAAGAUUCCGUAUGCAAGUGAUGCUCAAUGGGCGCUUGUUUCCCGUCGCAGAAGCUUCCAGUAAGAAGGUUGCAAAAAAGGACUCCGCUGCGGCCACUCUGCGCAUUCUCUACUCAGAGAUGCAGGAAGGGGCGACCGCAAGGGACAAUGGAAAUGUUGAAACCACAAUCAAAAUCAUGGACAUACAACCUGAAACUACCGUGACGGUUGAAACCAUGGGUGAAAUCUUUGGGCCCAAUAAUGUGGACGGGGUAGAGAUGUCGGAGGGACCUCGCCAGCCGCUGUCCCGCUCUCUGCCUGGUGGGAAGAAUCCAGUGUCCGUCCUGAUGGAGUACAGCCAGCGCAGCGGCAACCCCAUCGAGUUCAUCAUCACCGGGCAGGCAGGCCCACCACACGACCCGAGGUUCAUGUACAGAGUAAAGGUCGGAGAGAACUUGUUUGCAGAGUCCUCGGCUCCAAGUAAGAAGGCGGCCCGCCAGCUGGCUGCAGAGGGGGCCGUCAAGGAAUUAAUGGCUGACGGGAGGUUGCAGCUCAGCAAGCCUCAGUUGCCCUUAGGCUCUUCCAGUGACAGUGACGGUACUACGACCACGUGUCCCUCUCUGCCGCCUCUGACUGUAGAUGAGUUGCGAGCAGCUCACGAGGCUGGGGUGGGGGACCUCAUCAACCACCUGAACAACAACGCAGUGUCCGGUCUCCUGGAGUACGCCAGAGCCCGGGGCUUUGCUGCCGAGAUCCGCCUCGUGGGCCAGUCUGGGCCAGCACAUGAGCCUAAGUUCACCUACCAGGCUAAGCUCGGCGGACGGUGGUUUCCUCCAGUCUGUGCAUCAAACAAGAAACAGGGCAAACAGGAAGCAGCAGACGCCGCUCUCCGGGUUCUGAUUGGAGAAGCUGAGAGGGCAGCCCGCACUGGGGAGCUUAUCCCGGCCGAGCUUCCAGUGAGUGGCAGCACUCUGCACGACCAGAUAGCGAUGUUGAGUCACCAGCGUUUCAACGCCUUGACGACACGUAUCCAGCACAGCCUUCUGGGACGCAAGAUUCUGGCCACCAUCGUCAUGAGGAAGGGGGAGGGCCUCGGGACUGUUGUCAGCCUUGGAACUGGAAAUCGCUGCGUUAAAGGGGAGGAGCUGAGCCUUAAAGGGGAGACAGUGAAUGACUGCCACGCAGAAAUUAUUUCCAGAAGGGGAUUUCUUAGGUAUCUGUACAGCGAGCUGCAGAAGCACCACGAAGGCGCAGAAGACAGUAUAUUUGAGAUGGCCGAGUCAGAAAAACUGCGGAUCAAAGCUGACAUCACCUUUCACCUUUACAUCAGCACAGCACCGUGUGGGGAUGGGGCUCUGUUUGAUAAGUCCUGCAGUGAGUCCGGCGAUGAUGUCGACGGCCACCAGCCUCUGUUUGAGAAUACAAAGCAGGGCAAGCUCCGCACCAAAGUGGAGAACGGUGAGGGUACCAUCCCAGUGGAGUCGAGUGCCAUCGUGCCGACCUGGGACGGCAUCCAGCACGGAGAGAGGCUGCGGACCAUGAGUUGCAGUGAUAAGAUCCUGCGCUGGAACGUGCUGGGCCUGCAGGGGGCGCUGCUCACCCAUUUCAUGCAUCCCAUCUACCUAAAGUCCAUCACACUUGGUUAUCUGUACAGCCACGGUCACCUGACACGUGCUGUCUGCUGUCGAAUGGCGAGGGACAGUGAAGCGUUUGUGGAGAGUCUUCCUUCUCCAUUUGUGCUCAACCACCCAGAGGUGGGCAGGGUGAGUGUGUACGACUCCACACGUCACACAGGAAAGACCAAAGAGUCCAGUGUGAACUGGAGCUUUCAAGACCAGCACAGUGUGGAGGUGCUGGACGGGACCAAAGGCAAACUUGAUGGGAACAAACAGGGCAUUUCCCGUGUGUCCAAGUCCAACCUGUUCUGUGUAUUCCGCGCUCUGUGUACGCGGUGCGGCCGCACAGACCUCCUCGCCCUUCCAUCAUAUUCCCACGCCAAGAUGGCGGCCAUGUCCUUCCAAUUGGCAAAGCAUCAGUUCUUCGAAGGUCUCGGCAUCCACGGUUACGGCGCCUGGAUCAGCAAACCGCUGGAGGAGAAGAGCUUCGAGGUCUUAGAGGGACUUCGGAAAAACGGAGCAAGUUUGCCCUCUGCGUACGGCAGCAGUAGAAAUGGAGCAGCGUUAGAGCAAGCAGGCGUAGAAAAGUGUAUUACUAAGUAACACCAGCCAGGGGAAGAGGUGAAGGGGGAAAGAAAAGGACAAUCAAACUCUGUGUAGCAAGUGUGGCCAGAACAGUAUCUUCUGAUGGAACAUGGUUAACGGCUGCUGAGGAGGAGCGAUGCAAAGGAACCGGGUGAAUGAGAGGGAGAUGACCAGGGCAAAGCCUGAUGGGUGACUGUGGUCCGAGUUCACACACAGAGCUUAGAAAGAGAUUCAGAGGGUAAUCAAAAAAUAUAUAAACACUACAUACAAAAGGAAUUGGUUUGAAGUCAAUACAUUAACCUGACAAACACUGCUACAAAGCUGAGCUGUUUGCUUUCAAGAUGAUUGCUGCUUGUGUCCUGAUCCUUAUUUUCAGAGUGUAAUUUCAACCGGUCUUUGUGAUAAUAGUGCUUCACUAGUUUAUUUGACCAUUGAGAUUAUUCAGCUUCUUUUGGCAAAUGUUUGUUUGAUUUUUGCCUUGAGAGCUUGAGAAGCUGCGUCCAGUCGAUCACAAGCCUGCUUUGUCGCAGUGUUUGCAAAAGUUAAGUUGGCGUUCAAAUGUCAUGAAGUGAUUAUUAUUUUUUCUGCUCCUUGUGUUCUACUUCAUGGAAACGCAUGCAACUGCUUUAUGACAAAAAGUAGGAACAACAGGAGGUUUUUUCUUAUAAUUUCUCGGUCAACCCGAUUGACUCAAUGUAGUGAAUCUGAAAAACACACGUACUCUGAUCAGUGACAAACGCUUCAGCUCCUAAAACUCUGAAGACGUCCAUCCGGCCCUUUUCUGAGUAACACCAGCUGUAAGAUUCAUUCAUUGUAAACCAUCCCUCCACAUAGUGUUGCCAUGGUUUCCAUUAGCACAGUGUAGGUAAGUGUGGCCCUUUGAUCAGUCCCACAAGUUCCUCCGUGCUUUUGUGCUUUUAUAUAGAAUUACUGAUGUCAAAACCUCAAAUAAGUACAACCUGUCUGUUUCCUUAUUGCUUGUGGGUCUGUUUUUGAGUAUAUCUCCAUGUUUAACCAAUAAGAUAAUCAAUAACUGGCCAUGGGAGCGAGUCUCUCCUGUCCUGCAUGCAGCCAGCCUGCAUGUUUUGUUUUGUUUUCACAGCUCAAUAUACAAAAAGACAUCCAGGUUCUCUCGCAUGUCCAGUUGUUGUCUCACCUAGUAGCACUAGGUGAGGACAGCUUGUUUAAGGAGAAUGUGUUGUUUCUUUUUUUCCCCUCGUUUCGGUUUCAUGUACUUGGAUGAUGCAAUAUAUACAUCAAGUAUAUACAAAUACAUGGACACACAGAUGUAAAGUGGGGUCCAAAAGCCUGAGUCUCAGGUUGAAGUUGUGUUUGAGGUCUGGAUAGGAAGCCAUGCAGGUCAAUGCUCCAUUUUGUUGAGCAUUGAUGCAUGAGCACAUUAUUUUGCUGGAUAUUUCAUCUUAUUUUAAACGGUUUUAAGUGAGUGACACCUUUCCUGGAACAUGUGUUAGCUCCCCUGUUACAGCUUUUAAUGUUUUUUGUUUUUUUUGGUUCAGACAUUUAUUGCAGUCUUUUGAGUUCCAGAAGUUAGUAUUAAGUAAGUACUGAUUACAUUUCCUCAAAUGUGUACCUUAUUUGAAUAAGAAGUUUUAAAGAGAAAAAGAAAUGUGCAGCUUUCAGUAUUGGACUCAGACUUUUGAUCCCCACUAAUUCAGAAUAAGGUUAUAUAUAAAUAUAUAAAUAUGUGUGUGUGUGUAUAUGUAUAGUUUUCAUGUAUAUAUUUUGUAAAUCAUCUAAAAAUAGUUUUCUAUAGUUUC